CAGUAUAGUCUAUCUUCAAAAUUUUAUUGUUCAUCACCAAAUCUUUACCACACCGAACAAAAAAUGUUCAAUCAAAAUUCAAUGUCAACCUUCAACAAAGUGAAUGCCCCGGGUAAAAAUUCACAAGCUAACAAUUCCGAAACAAACCCUCCAAAAGAACAUUCCAACGAAAGUAAUUACUAUCAUACUUCACACAAUUUACAAUCCUUGGAGGGCCAAUCAAUGGCAAAUAUGCAUGAAAUGGAUGCGGCAGAAUUGGAAGGCAUGGUGGCAAGUUUGGACAUGUUCGAUAAAAUUCUGAAUCAAGUGGAGUCUGUGAAAAAAUCAAGAGAAGCUCUUUUAGUUCACAGCAUGAAACUUCAGGAAGAUAUAAGACUAAGUGAAGAGAUUGUAUAUGACACCAGUGGAGUUGAGAGGUUAGAAAACGCGAACUCAAAAGCAGAAGAGAGAGAAGACAUAUUAAAAACAUUGGAACAGAUGGAAACGCUUCUAUCACAUCCUAUGUUGAAGGUGAUAAAGAAUUGGGCGGACACAUUAGAAUCUGCAUUAGAUCGAAACAAGAAAAGAACAGACUGACGGUAAAACAAUGAUUGGAACUGCCGUAAAACCUACCGUAUAGAUGAAAAUAAAAUUACACUUGUUACUGUUACUAUUAGGUACUAAAGUAUAAUGUUUUCCCAGAUUAAAAACUUAAAUUAAGCCUAAA